AUAACUCUCUAGAUACGACAUGUAAAUAAAAACAUCGGAUUCAUUAUUGAGUCAAUUAUUGACAUUUUGUGUAUCAGCUUCCUAUGUAAAGAAUGCCAGCAGCAAAUAUAAACCCCGCAAAUUAUCAGUCCAUCCACGAUGCUGUCAGAAACUGUGAUGUUCUACACCUGGAGGUUAUGGUGAGAAAUGGUGCUAGUGUCAAUGAAGUGGAACCAAAAGACAAAUUUACUCCUCUUCACACAGCGUGUAAUGCUGGUGCAUUAGAGUGUGUUCACUGGUUGUUAUGGCAUGGUGCUGAUCCUACUGUGACAACACCUAGAGGGUGGACACCUGCCCACAUUGCAGCCAUCAGAGGCUAUGAAAACUGUAUAGAGGCUUUAGCAAACAAUGGAGUCAGUCUAUCAUCCAAAGACACAAGGGGGCAGACACCACUACAUCUUGCAGCAGCUCAUGGUCACUCUUUUUGUUUGAAUACAAUCCUUAGAUCUGGUGCUGAUGUAUCAGUUAUUGACAACAUGGGAUGGAACCCAGUCCACUCAGCAUCAUACCAUGGAAGGCUAGGCUGUCUCCAGCUGCUGUUAAAGUGGGGAGGAUCUUCAGACAAUGUUGACAACAAUGGCAACACACCUGCUCAUUUAGCUGCUGCAGAGGGUAACCUCCCCUGCCUGAAGUUUCUGGUCUGCAACAGUGGCAAUGCCACCUCAGUUCUGUCAGCCCGCAACGACCACGGGGAGACACCCAAGGACCUGGCUCAGCAGUUUUACAAGGACAAUGUCCUGGAGUACAUCACGCACAUAGAGCAUGAGCAGGACAACCCAGAGCAGGAGGAAAAUCUUUCAUUUCCCGCCCACGUCGCUGCUUACAGUGGAAACCUAGAUCACCUCAGGAUGCUUGUGGAGAAUGGAGUUGUCAACAUAAAUGAGCGUGAUGACAGGGGUGCCACAUUGGCCCACAAAGCUGCUGGACAGGGCCAUAUAAAUAUUCUACAAUGGCUAAUAGAGAUGGGGGCCAACAUGACCAUCACUAACCAGGCUGGAGAAACACCUUGUGAUGUUGCCAGACGCUUUGCUCAGUUGGCCUGUGCAAAGCUACUUGGUGGAACCAGUUUAGAUGAAGCAGAAGAGCUGGUUGUGGGAACUGAGAGUGAAGAUGAAGAAGAAGAGGGAGAUGGUGUUAAAAGAAAGGCCAGAAAAUCAAAGAAAGCCCAAGAUAACGCUAAAGGAAGAGCCAAAAUGAAAGUAGAUGAACUUGAAAGGUUGUUGGACAUUGCCAAAAAAAAUUAUGUCCAGCUGGGCGGAUCCUUGGAGGAGGACAGGAGGAGGCUGAAGGAGAUGAGGGACAAAGACCAAACAAUCAAUGAACUGGAGGCUAAACUGGACUAUGAAAGGCUGAAAAGGGAGAAGUUGGAAGCCCAGCUUGACCAGUACAGAAGAGAAAUUGGCUACCUUAAUUCAGAGAUAGAAAAUAUGCAGAUCAACAUGCAUGAGGAAGAACCAGAUCACCAAGCCACCAGAAACAGGAAAAAGAAAUCGAAGAAGAAGAUUUACGAUGAUGGUGGUGUUUUCAUCAAGCGCAAUAGCACAGUCCCCAAUAAAGGAACAAAAUACAAGAAGAUUUAA